AUGGACGCGACGCGGGGCCUCGGCACCUUCGUGGUGUGGGACUACGUGGUGUUCGCCGCGAUGCUGCUCAUCUCGGCCGCCAUCGGCAUCUAUUACGCCUUCGUGGGGGGCGGCCAGCAGACCUCCAAGGACUUCUUGAUGGGCGGCCGCAGCAUGACAGCCGUGCCCGUGGCGCUGUCCCUCACCGCCAGCUUCAUGUCGGCGGUCACCGUCCUGGGCACCCCCUCGGAGGUCUAUCGUUUUGGGGCCAUAUUCAGCAUCUUUGCCAUCACUUACUUCCUUGUGGUGGCCAUCAGCGCGGAGGUCUUCCUGCCUGUGUUCUACAAACUGGGAAUUACCAGCACCUACGAGUAUUUAGAGCUUCGAUUUAACAAAUGUGUUCGUCUCUGUGGAACAGUCCUCUUCAUUGUUCAAACAAUUCUGUAUACUGGAAUUGUUAUUUAUGCCCCUGCCCUGGCUUUGAAUCAAGUCACAGGAUUUGAUCUGUGGGGUGCAGUAGUGGCAACAGGGGUGGUCUGCACGUUCUACUGCACACUGGGUGGUCUUAAAGCAGUUGUCUGGACAGAUGUUUUUCAAGUUGGGAUCAUGGUGGCUGGAUUUGCAUCUGUGAUUAUACAGGCUGUAGUGAUUCAAGGUGGGAUCAGCACUAUUCUAAAUGAUGCCUAUAAUGGUGGAAGAUUGAACUUCUGGAAUUUUGAUCCUAACCCUUUGCAAAGACAUACUUUCUGGACAAUUAUUAUAGGAGGGACCUUCACAUGGACCAGCAUCUACGGGGUCAACCAAUCCCAAGUGCAGAGAUAUAUUUCCUGUAAAAGCAGAUUCCAGGCAAAAAUGUCUCUCUACAUCAAUCUUCUGGGACUCUGGGCAAUCCUUGCCUGCUCAGUGCUUUGUGGGCUAGCCCUAUAUUCCAGGUACCGUGACUGUGAUCCUUGGACAGCCAAGAAAGUUUCUGCACCAGACCAGCUCAUGCCAUAUUUGGUACUGGACAUUCUACAAGAUUAUCCGGGACUUCCUGGACUUUUUGUGGCCUGUGCCUACAGUGGAACAUUAAGCACAGUGUCCUCCAGUAUUAAUGCCUUAGCAGCAGUAACUGUGGAAGAUCUAGUUAAACCUCACUUCAGAUCACUCUCAGAAAGGUCUCUCUCUUGGAUUUCCCAAGGAAUGAGUGUGUUGUUUGGAGCUCUGUGUAUUGGAAUGGCUGCAGUGGCAUCACUGAUGGGAGCUUUGCUACAGGCAGCCCUCAGUAUAUUUGGCAUGGUUGGAGGACCACUUCUGGGCUUGUUUGCUUUGGGCAUUUUGGUUCCCUUUGCCAACUCAAUUGGAGCACUUGCUGGUCUUGUGGCUGGAUUUGUUGUUUCUUUGUGGGUCGGAAUUGGAGCUCAACUGUAUCCUCCACUGCCUGAGAGAACUCUGCCACUCAGUCUUGAAACGUAUGGUUGUAACAGCACAUACAAUGUGACAAAUUGGGUGACGACCACAGAAAUGCCAUUUUCUACUAGUGCUUUCCAAGUACAUGGUGCUGAAAGGACUCCACUGAUGGACAACUGGUAUUCUGUAUCAUAUCUAUACUUCAGCACUCUUGGAACUUUGGUAACAUUAUUCAUGGGAAUGCUAAUCAGUUUAACAACAGGAGGAAGAAAACAAAAUUUAGACCGCAGAUUCCUAUUAACCAAAGAGGACUUUCUUUCCAAUUUUGACGUUUUUAAGAAAAAGAAGCAUAUUUUAAGCUAUAAAUCUCAUCCAAUAGAAGAUGGUGGAACUGACAACCCUGCCUUCAACCAUAUUGAAUUGAACUCCACAGACCAAAGUGGCAAGCUCCAUGGGACUCAUUUGUGA